UAGCACUCUUAUGGACUUGACUAGUAAAAUAAACAAUUUUCCAUAAAAAAUUCUGAAUAAUUAAUUUAAAUAUUUGAGCUAUGAUAAGAUAACAGAACAGUUCAUUUAUUAUAAUUUAAUAUAAGUAAAGUAUUUAAUAUUGGAAUAAAAAAUUGAAUUGAAUAAAAAAGCAACAAACAUGUUAGACGCUAUAAAACCAUUAUUUUUAUUAGUUUUAACUGAAAAAUGUUUCGAGGAAUACUUUUACGAUUUCAAUUUUUUUGAAGUGAAUUGUUUCAAAGCAACGUUAAGUAAGGUAUUAGGUAUUGGAUUAAUCGCCGGUUCGUUAAUGGUUAAAGUACCACAAAUAUUAAAAAUUUAUAAUGGCAAAAGUGGUGCUGGUCUAAGUAUUCCAAGUGUCUUAUUAGAUUUAUCUGCAAUUACCAUACAUGGAUCAUACAAUUACGUAAAGGGAUUCCCAUUUUCAUCAUGGGGCGAUGGAUUGAUGCUUGGAAUUCAAACUUUGAUUGUAUUCUAUUUAAUCUUAUAUUAUGCCAAAAAAUUCCAAGAAGCGUAUAUGUUUUUAGCCGCGUACGCAAUUAUUGUUUUCGUAAUGUGCACUUUAGUACCCGAUAAUAUCUUAUGGCUAUUUCAAGCAUGCAAUGUGCCAGUUUUAAUGAGUGGUAAAUUAUUACAAGCCUGGGAAAAUUACAAAAAUGGAAGUACAGGACAAUUGUCGGCGGCUACGAUUAUUGCAUUAACAGCAGGUUCAAUGGCCCGAAUCUUCACUUCGAUUCAAGAAACUGGUGAUAGUAUGAUGAUUAUAACAUAUUUAGCAGCAACAUCUGCUAAUUUAGUACUAUUUUUCCAAAUAUUCUAUUAUUGGAAUGCAGUUAUCAUUCCUACAAAGAAAAAGUCCAAAAAGGAUGUAAAGAAAGAUAAUUAAGGUUGAUAGUUUUGUUAUAGUGUAUGUAAUGAAUCUAUGUAUGACUGAAUUACAGCGUGUAAAAAUUAGUCUAUAAGUUUACAUUCAAACAAUAAACUGGUUUUUGUUGA